CGGACAGCAGUGAUCAGUUCUGCGUGGUACCGUCUUCCGGACAGAGCGAAUUCUCUCCAUCGAGUCGUCGUCAUCGGUGUGCGGUACAUUAUUCCUCCACACGAUGAUGAUACGUACGGUAGCUGUGGGUGCGUUGCUAAUACUAGCGAUCGCAAAUAAAGGUGCAAACGGUCAUCGUCGCUACGGACAGCAACAUAGCGGAGAUUAUGAUGAUGAUGAGCACUACGGGCAGCCGCGUGGAUACGGACAGCAGCAGCAGCAGAGAUUCCCUGGAGGAGCCGGUUUUGGAUUCAACCCAUACUACGGCAUGCAACAGUAUGGGUACGGCAUGCAACCGUUUGGAGCCCCACAGCCCAACCUGUUCGAGACAGUGUCGAAGAAUACGGCUGCCGUGUUUGAUAGCGUUAACCAACAGAUUGGGAUGACGUUCAAUGCCGUGACACAACCAAUUCGCAACGGGUUUCAAACCAUCAGCCAGCUUGCUGUACCAGGACCGAUCGGAGGCUUGCCGUUUGGAUUUGUCCCACCUGGACAGCAGGCUGUAUUUACACCGCCUGGCCAUCAGCCUGGCUAUGGCUAUGAAGGUCACCAUCAUCCUCAUGGCCAUCAUCAUGGUGGUAGACCGAAUGGGUACCACGGUAAUAACAGACCCAAUGGCAAUUGGGAUAACGAAGGUUUAGAUUCGCCCGAAGAUAAUUCGUAUGACCGGCCAGUACCGAUUGCUCCUGCCGUAACCCCUGCUCCAGCUCCACCAACGCGACCGCCACCACCACCUCCACCAGCAGUAGAUCCUAAUCCGCCACGUGUAAAUCCAGCACCUCCUCCACCACCAUCGCCAGCCGAUAACAGCUGGUCGGCUCCAAAGAUCCCUCCAGUGGCACCACCUCCGCCACCACCACCAGCAACCGGCAACAACAAUCUUCCUCCUGUAGCACCACCACCUCCACCACCACCACCACCAACUUCCGGCAACAACAAUCCUCCACCGGUAGCACCUCCACCACCACCACCAACCGCAGGCGGACCUGUGACGACUGGAGAUGAGGACGACGACAAGGCAAUUUACGAUAUUGAUAUUCGUGGUGAGUUCAACGACACGCAAACACGCCGGAAGCGUCAGUUCUUCCCGAAUCUAUUCAACCAAAUCGGAGGUCUGGUAAAUACCGCCGUCAACUCGGCUGGUACAGUUGCCCAGGGUGCAUUAAACGCCGGACAGCAACAAGGCAUUGGUUUCCCAAACUUCUUCGGUCCGAGACCUCAACGACCUCCUCAGCAACCGCCAACGCAACAGUUCCCGCAGCAACCCGCCCAACCGCAAGCGCCGAAUAAUCCUCCACCACCACCUCAGCAGCCGCCGGUCCAGCAGGACAACCAAAGACCUGAACUAAACCUGCAAAAUCUUGGCCAGGAUGGGAUGAUCUGGACGUAUGAAUCGCUCGGUGUGACACCUCCACCACCGGGCCGUGUGCGCCGCGAUACGGAUGCGAUCUACUUCCCGGACGAUGAAGACGACGAUCGAUUCUCGAACUUUCACAACAAACCGCCGCCACCACCACAAUAUCCUUCACAUCCACCCACCUCUGUCUAUCCUUCCGGCGGUUCAAACGCCGGUGCGCAAAGUCAAUCCCAAAACGUAGCGAACGGGUUCGAACAGAGCAGUGGCUCGCAGAGCCAAACGCAAACCGUUCAAAAUCAGCACGGUAUCUUCAACCAGAAUGCAGCGGGCAGUACGUCGGGUAAUGUGGCGGUGGAUGGAUCAUCCGGUCAGCUAAGUGCGGCCAACACGCAGCAGCAAAGCUUCCAGACUGCGCAUGGUUCUGGUAGCCAGAAUCAAGCCAACAGUCAGUCGGCCAACUUCGACAAGAACGGCAAUCUGCAGCUUUCCAACUCGAACGCCAACACCAUGUCGAUACGGGAGAAGGAUAAGUACAAGGAGCAAGCGAACGCUGGCUCAUCCUCGGUCAACCAAAACCAAUUCGGACAGCAGUCGAGCAACGCGCAGACAAACUCGGAAACGUUCUACGAGAACGGUGUGCAGGGCAACAAGAACAGUGCGUCCAGCCAGAGCCUGCAGACGAACAAGGAUGGGUCGGUGUCGGGUUCGACCAGCAACACCAUGUCCAACACGUUUACCGGUCCAGGUGGUUUGACCGGUUCGUCGGCCUCUAGCCAAUCGUCCUCGUUCAACAAAGGACAGCAGGGUGGAGCUAAUGCUGGCGCCUUUAGCGGUGCUACUAGUGGAGCAUCGUCCAGUGGAGCUGCGUCUAGUAGCAGCUCUUCGGCCAGCUCUUCUGCAGCGGGACCGCUUGCGUUCAGUAUAAGUGGUUCGUUCGGGGGUCUUCCGCUCGGCCAGGGAGCAUUGGGCAACAUUUUGCCCAAUCUGUUCCCGGUCCUUAAUGGGCAGCAGCAGCAGCUGAGGAGGCAGGGACUGGGGCCUGCCUUUUAA